GUGUCAAACUACAAGUGGAACACCACAAGAAAUCGCAAAAUUGCUAAUUGUACUCGUAUACACAUUGUUGCUGCCCACUUCCCCUUGAUCUCUUUCGGUUUCGGAAGCUCCAUAGGAAGCCCACAAACAGAGACACAUACACGGGAAGACAGACACAGACACAGACACAGACACAGCGCGGUAAGUCAUCGUCGAUGCCAAUUUUCAGAGAAUUGCUUCUCCGAAAGCCCGACCCAAAUUUUGAAACUUUUUUCACAUAAUUAUUCUGGGGUUGCAAGCACUGAAUUUCUGGUGAAUUUCCGGGUGAAUCGGAGUCGUAGGUGUUCUUGGAGUUUGAUCUGAUCGAUGCUCGAUCUGUAGGUGUUCCAACUGGAGCGGCUCUUUCAAUUAGGAUUUUUGCUUCUUCGAAGCAGUUCCCAUCGCAGCAAUGGACCAUGCUGAGCUUACCACCGAACAGGUUCUGAAGAGGGACAUUCCAUGGGAGACGUACAUGACUACAAAGUUGAUUACUGGAACAUGCCUUCAGCUGUUAAGGCGCUAUGAUAAUAGAUCAGAAAGUUACAGAGCACAGUUGCUGGAUGAUGAUGGUCCAGCUUAUGUUCGGGUUUUUGUUAGCAUUUUACGAGAUAUUUUUAAGGAGGAAACAAUAGAAUAUGUACUGGCAUUAAUUGACGAAAUGCUUACAGGUAACCCAAAAAGAGCUAGAUUGUUCCAUGAUAAGUCACUAGCCAGUGAGGAUACUUAUGAGCCUUUCUUAAGAUUGCUUUGGAAAGGUAAUUGGUUCAUACAAGAGAAGAGCUGUAAGAUACUUGCUUUGAUAGUAAGUGCCAGGCCAAAACCUCAAGAUGGCAUUGUAGCAAAUGGGGAAGCCUCAAAUUCAAAGCAAAAGUUCACCACUAUCAAUGAUGUAUUGAAAGGAUUAGUAGAAUGGCUUUGUGCACAGCUUAAGAAGCCUUCCCAUCCCAGUCGCGGUGUCCCAACAGCCAUCAAUUGCCUUGCAGCAUUACUGAAGGAACCUCUAGUUAGAUCUUCCUUUGUUCAAGCAGAUGGAGUUAAGUUGCUCAUUCCCUUGAUUUCUCCAGCAUCCACCCAACAGUCUAUUCAGCUUCUUUAUGAAACAUGUCUAUGUGUGUGGCUCUUAUCCUACUACGAACCUGCAAUUGAUUACUUGGCUACAUCUAGAGCCCUUGCACGACUCAUAGAUGUUGUCAAAAGCUCCACAAAGGAAAAGGUUGUCAGAGUUGUUGUCUUGACCCUUAGGAAUUUGCUUUCCAAAGGGACGUUUGGUGCUCAAAUGGUGGACCUUGGACUGCUACAAAUUGUACAGAGUUUGAAAGCACAAGCGUGGAGUGAUGAGGAUCUUCUGGAAGCUCUGAAUCAACUGGAAGAGGGGCUGAAGGAUAACAUCAAGAAAUUAAGCUCUUUUGACAAGUAUAAGCAAGAAGUCCUCCUUGGCCAUCUUGAUUGGUCUCCAAUGCACAAAGAUGCAAUAUUCUGGCGUGAAAAUAUUAACAAUUUUGAAGAGAAUGAUUUCCAGAUUCUGAGGGUUCUAAUUACAAUCUUGGAUACAUCCAGUGAUCCAAGGGCUUUGGCAGUUGCUUGCUUUGAUCUUUCGCAGUUCAUCCAGCACCAUCCAGCUGGGCGAAUCAUAGUGACAGACCUCAAGGCCAAGGAGCGGGUGAUGAAACUGAUGAUUCAUGAGAAUGCUGAAGUGACCAAAAAUGCACUAUUAUGUAUUCAGAGGCUUUUCUUAGGUGCAAAGUAUGCAAGCUUUUUGCAGGCCUAGAAUUAAUUAGUCAAUUUGGCGGUGCAGCUUCCAUGACAUAAAAGAAAGGGCGUAUUUAUUCAUGAAUUUGAGUUGUGGAGUGGAGUCAGUGUUGGCUCUCCCAUGAUGUAGAUGUUCUCUAUAUGUGACUUGUGUUGGAGAAAAUUCAUUUUCAUUAUGUAGGGCUCGCCCUUUUCUCGUAUUUUUUGCUUUGUCAAAACGGUUGUGGAAAUUACAUUUGUUCUAUUCACUUGUGGAAUAUCAUAUUGUGGGAAUUAAAGUUAUUAAAAUAAUAAUAAUAAAGAAAAUAAGGUGUUCUUUUGUGA